AACCCGGAAGUUCCGGUCGAGUUCCGGGUGCCAACGGGUCAUGUUUGGUGCGUGCGGAACUGGAGAUAUGGCGGCUACCGGCCCAGCACUGUGCCUCUUCGAUGUGGACGGGACGCUGACGGCCCCGCGGCAGAAAAUUGCCAAAGAAAUGGAUGACUUUCUACAAGAGUUGAGACAGAAGAUCAAAAUUGGAGUAGUAGGCGGGUCAGACUUUGAAAAAGUGCAGGAGCAACUGGGAAAUGAUGUGGUUGAAAAAUAUGAUUAUGUGUUUCCAGAAAAUGGCUUGGUAGCAUACAGAGAUGGAAAACUCUUGUGUAAACAGAAUAUUCAAGGUCACCUGGGUGAGGCCCUAAUCCAAGACUUAAUCAACUACUGCCUGAGCUACAUUGCGAAAAUUAAACUCCCAAAGAAGAGGGACCUCUGCCCUCUUUUCCUCCCCAGGGGUACUUUCAUUGAAUUCCGAAACGGGAUGUUGAAUGUGUCCCCUAUUGGGAGAAGCUGCAGCCAAGAGGAACGUAUUGAGUUCUAUGAACUCGAUAAAAAAGAAAAUAUAAGAGAAAAAUUUGUCGCAGACCUGAGAAAAGAGUUUGCAGGAAAAGGCCUCACAUUCUCCAUAGGAGGCCAAAUCAGCUUUGAUGUCUUCCCUGACGGUUGGGAUAAGCGGUAUUGCCUCAGACACGUGGAAAAUGACGGUUAUAACACCAUCUAUUUCUUUGGAGACAAAACUAUGCCAGGCGGAAACGACCAUGAGAUCUUCGCAGACCCCAGGACCGUGGGCUACACGGUGACGGCGCCUGAGGACACACGCAGGAUCUGCCAGGAGCUUUUCUGCUGAUGACCCCUACCCCACAUGGAGGGGAGGGCUGCUGGCUCACCCAGCCUGGAGGGCCAAUUGGUGCCAGACCCGAGAUCCCCCCUGCCAUGCCACCUCGGUCUCUCCACGCUUUUGAAAUCACAUGUAGUAUCUGGGUGGUGGUACAGCUCACUGGGGAGAGAUCACACCCUACCUCCAGAUACCCCGUUCCCUCCCCCACCAAUGCCAGAAGGCAGUGGAGGGAGAACAGACCCGGCCAGACUGAUGCAAGAGAAUACCUCAGACAAAAGACUGUCUCCCAGCCCAGCCUGAACACCCGCUGUCACAGAAGUCCCUCCCUGUUCCUGGGUCCUGGGAACCAUGACAGGUAUCAGUGUUUGCAUGGGUUCCCAAAGGAGGACUUGGUGGUGAGAGGAAAGACAGGACACUUGGGCCAGCUGGUUAAGAACCAUUCCUGGGUGAAGCCCCCCAGCAUUGGCUUGAUGGAGGCCGAAGCUGAGGGGAUUGUGUUUGUCAGCUGGGCGGUAUUCUGUUAAAUGAUGGGGUGCCUCUUGUUUCGUUCCAGCCCUGUUUCCUGUUUAUGAGACAGCCCUUGGCUUUGCCUCCUGGACAAGUGGCUGGCCAGGCGACAGCUGACCCACAGUGUCUGCCUCUCAGCCGGCCUGAAAUGGCAGCUUAGCCCUGCCUAUAUUCUUUACACUGUGAAUAGCUCUACUGGUUCUCUGAGAGUGCUGAGGUGGAAGGAAAUAGCCAACAACUCCUGGUUGAGAAUAGGGCUAGGGUUGGGUUGAGAAUAGGCACUGGCCAAACAGGCCUUCUCCUGGGUGCCAGUUCUAACUCAGGAUUUUGGACUUCUUCACCACCAAAAGCACUUUCUCCUCAUUGGGCCUGGCUGGGCCUCCAGGCACUUUUUUUCUCUAAUUAUUCAGGGAUAAGCAAAGGGCCUAGAUAAUUCACAGGAAUAGGAGCUGCUUUGUUUUUCUGCAGAAGGGUUCAUAAGCAUUGCUGGUCACCCAGGCCCAUCCAGCCUUUGGCUUAGAGGGGUGGGAACGUCCCACCGUCUCCUCCCACACUCAGCAAGUCUGUGAAACUGGGAGGGGGUUCGAGACCUCAUCCAGAACACUGGAAAGGAACAUGUUUGCAAGGAAACGGUUCACAUGUCACCUUUCAGUGUUUGGGCACAGGCCCUCCACAGAUGGGCACUGGGGCCAGGGCUCUGUGGCUUCUGGAGGAACUCAGGGCGUCCCCGCCUCCCCCAAGCCCCACCCAGGGCUUUUCACUACAGCCUGGUUCUCUCCAAACUGUCAGCCACAUGGGCUGCUCUCUUGGCUCAGGGUCAAGAAGAAACGGUGGCUUCUGAACUCUGUCCCACUUGCCCCACCCCCUGCACCCCGUCAGACACAGGAUUGCACUUUCUCGGUAAUUCCUAAGAUGUGUGUCCAUGUUUGAUUUUGCAAAUGAUACUGUAAUGACCUUCCAAAAUGAGAAGUAGCAAAUUAAAGUGCUUUUAUUGUUUUCACCAAAAGCCCCACAGAUUCCCCAUUUCUCCUUCUGAUUGCUCUUUUCCUCAGGUGGUUGUCAAGUGAGUGGUGAAAGAUCAGCUGUUGCAUUCUGUCAGGUUCUGGGAGGAAAUACCCCUGCCCCCGGUCCUGAGAGCCAGCCUGUGCUCUUAAGGCAGGAUUCCCUGGUAUGUGGCAUUCCCUAAGCACGGCGGGGCCUCACUGUCCACCGGGCUGUGCAUUCCUGACUGGCGCGGGCUCGCCCUCCCCUCACUGGGCAAGGACCCACGAUGCCCUUGAAGUUUUCAAAGCAAGAAAAGCGAGUCUUACUCAGACUUGUCUUAGCCUCCUAAUGACUGGAGUCGGGAGUCGCUGCCCUGCAAAUGUCUCUCAGUCAGGGACCGAAGGCUGCCAGUAUGCAGGCUUGGGCCGUCAUCCCCCAGGCCCCACUCCUCUGCACCGUAAACCUUCCUCCUCCGCGCUUCUAUUCAUCUUGUCGUCGCACUGCACCCCAAUCCAGCCUCCUAGGAGCUUGUUCCACCUCUUCUCUCAUCAGGCAUUCCAUAACCCCUACCAAGGGUCUCCUCUAGCCAGGGCUGACUGCGCUGUGGAAAUAGUCAUUGCUAAAUACUGGAUGCUGAGACUUAACUCUGCCAGGCACUGUUCCCAGUGCCUUACCCCUGUCCCAGAGGCAGGCCUGCAGUGAAACAGGAAAAACAGGACAGCCAAGGCUGAAAUCCAUGUUCUGCUGCUGACCAGCUGUGUCUUAAGGCACUUCCUCUCAGUCUCAGUUUCCUUAAUCUGUCAAGUGGGGUAUAGGCGUUACCACAUAUGUAACUGAAAUAAGGUAGGUAAAACACUUAAAACUGUGUGUUCGCUAUUGCUAGCUCAAGUAACUCCCCAGGAGCCCUGUGAGGCAGGUACUAGUAUCCCCACUUUACAAAUGAAGACUCAGAAGUUGUUUGGUCAGACCCUUCCAGCCAGUAAAUGGCAAAACCCAGGUAACCCGGCUCCACAGAAUACUGCCUUAAAAAAAAAACAAAACUGCUGUGUAGUUGACUCCAACUCAUGGUGACCUCGUGUGUCAAAGCAGAAUUGUGCUCUGUAGGGUUUCCAGUGACAGGUUUUUUGGAAGUAGAUCGCCAGGCCUUUCUUCUGAGGUGCCUCUGGUGGACUCAAAUCUCUACCUUUCAGUUAGCAGCUGACUGCAUGAACCCAUUAACCAUUUGCACCCCCCAGGAACUCCCAGUACUGCCUCGUCAUGCCGUCAUUGUCUACCUUAAGCCCCUAGAAAUAAACCCUUCCCUCUGCCUUAAGUUCUCAGGAUAAAGACCCCAUCGCAGGAAAUAAUACAGUGGGUAAGUGCUGAGAGACCGUAGCCAGCCCAGGGCUGUUAAGAAAACCACCCUCACCCCAAGCACUACAGAAGCCGACUACAUACUUGGCCCUGACUCAAGGGCACAAGAAAAGCAGCUGGUGAGUGGAGGGCCAGUAGGUGGCCCCAAGGGAUAUGGUGGGGGUGGGGGCUCAUGAUGGCCUGGACACUCAGGAAGGUCUCUCAGCUGCUGGGCGGGAAACAACUGGCUGGCAGGACCAGGAGAGGAACAAGUUGGGCAGAUGCUGUAAUCCAGGCGGGCAAGGUAUGUAGGUGGCCUUGAAUCAUUUCCUUUUUCAGGCUGCUUCCUCCUUUUUCUGCCCCAAAGGAACUGUUCCUGGACCUCAAGGCCCAGGAUGGGCAGGCUCUGCCCUAACACGGGCCCCUGGGCCCACUGCAGCCGCUUCCUUCCAUCUCAUCUAUCCCCCUCCACGGUACCCCAAAGUCAGGCUGUACAGUUCCAGUCCAUCUCCCACAGCACCCCAAAGUCAAGUUCUGCACCCCCUCACUGGUUUCCCUAACAGUCCUUUUGGCUCCACCUGCACGGUUUUUGCCAAAUUCUAUAACCUGUGAUGUUUGCUCAGUGGUAUAAGUUGGAACCCUUGUUUUGAUUUAAAUGCUUACUUCACCUCUUCCCUAAACAGGCUUUAGGGCCUGGCUGUAGUGUUUAACUCACACAUGCUGAAAAGCACAUUCUGGCAGUAAAAAUGCCCGUCUCUGCACCACAGGAAUCAUUGUAUGUACGUCCCUCGGGGAAGAGUGGAGGGCCUCAUCAGCCUGACACAAGGUCCCUCCAGGGAUGGCCCCUGUCCACACCCCUCCCCACCUCUGACCAUUUGUCAGAAACGCCCUUGCUCCGUCUGGCAAACUCUGGUUUGGCUCCUAAGACCCGCUCAGCCACCUCUCCUGGAGGCCCUCCCUCCCUCCUGGUGGCUUUCUCUUAAGGCCUGUGGCACUUAGGGGAGGCAUCCACUCUAAUGCUCACUGCCCACCAUGGGCCUGUGGGAUCCUUGAAGGAGGCCUGGUGGUGCAGUGGUUAAGUGCUUUGGCUGCUAACUGAAGGGAUAGGUGGUUCCUCGGGAGAAAGAAGUGGCAGUCUGCUUUCGUAUAGAUUACAGCCCUGAAAACCCUAUGGGGCAGUUCUACCCUGUCCUAUAGAGUCUCGAGUCAGAAUCUACUCAAUGGCAAUGGGUUAAUGGGUGGGAUCCUUGUGGGUGGAGCCCACCUCCUCUUUUCUUCGUGCCUGGAGAGAGGCAAGCCUGCAGGCACCAAAGGUCUACUACUGUGCAAGGAAGGAUGGAUGGCCUCAUGACAGCAAGUUCAAGUUCAGUCUGGCCCUGAAGCCCCUAGCCCUCUUACUACAGGUGUAGGGCAGAAAUGAGGUUACGGUCUCACACGCAUGAUAAAAUCUAACGUGCUUCAGACAUUUACCCACAAGUGACCAAGUAAAUGGCGUUUUUCUGUUGUCACAAAGCCACGUUCCAACAGCUACGCUUUGCCACCCUUGCAAAUGAUGACUGAGGAAAAAGGAAUGGUCCUGUCUCCUUAUUCACCCCAAAGCACAGGCCGCAAAGCAGGAAGGCAGAGACACCCUUGACUGCCUGCAGCUUAAAGGGAAGCUCUUGAGGAAUCCAGCGCCACGUGAACAAACAUCACGGAGCCCUGCACAGAAUGGAUUUUAUUUUGAGAGAAAGGUGGCCGACAGGAGGAAAGGCCUAGACUUUCAAAUUCCGUGCUCUGUUCCCAGCUGUCUCCAAUAGCAUCCGCCCCUCCCACAGAGCCACCACGAGUUUCCCCAUCUGUGAAUUGAGGCUGUGUACUCACUCAAGGAGGGGAUCCCAUCCAGCUCCAACACCCUGCAGUUCUGGAAUACUCAUCCGCAGACUGAAAAGGAUGUGGCCAUGUAGGCAGCACAGGGAAGCAUGGAAUCAGACCCGAGCGGAGAAUCCCAGGGUCGCCUCUGAACAGGGAAUCUGAUUCCUAGCUCAUGUUGGGCAGCACCUGGGUGAGUGCCUGCGUGUAGGGUCCCAGGGGCUGGACAUUGUGGCAAAGCCCCAGACACCCGGGGGGAGAAUGGGGCAAAGUCUAUGGUUCAAAGAGGUCUUGGAAGAAGGGGCUCUGGAGAAUGUGGUCCGUAUCCAACAGACGGAGGCCUCUGGGGAGCUGGCGGGGGAACAACCCAAGGCUAGAAGAGAAAGGCAACCUUUGACCCAGCAGAAGGCAGGGAUGGGAGAGAGAGGACCCUUCCAGGGGCAUCAACAAGUUACCAUGGAGUCAGUUCCGACUCAGGGUGACCCCACGUGUGUCAGAGUAGAACUGCGCUCCACAGUUUUCAAGGCUGUGACCUUUCGGAAACAGAUUGCCAGGCCUUUCUGCUGAGGCACCCCUGGAUGGGUUCAGACGGCCGACCUUUAGGUUAAUGGCCGACCUUUAAGUUAAUAGCCAGCCACUUAACCUUUUGAGCCACCCAGGGGCUCCUUCAAG